UGAUUGAAGGGUUUUUUAAUUGACCUUGACAUAGAAACAUUGGUCGUUCUGACAUCAUCCUCGACAAGCGUGCCUAUGAGCUUCCGUGUACUCUUCGAUGGAGACGACCUGGCCGUGCUAGAAGACCCGCAGAGAGUUCCGAUUGCAGCAAUGUGUCCGAAACGAAAAAACGUCCAACACAUUUCUUCACUUGCCAUUAGAUCUGUAAGAUUCGGAUCAGCGCAAGAAACUCCUGACGACUCCACAGAUGAUUCUGAAGGCAAUCCUCGUACUCCAGCGAGAUUCUAUUCAUUUGCAACGUUGUAUGACGACAUGACCAUUUCCGAAGCACUUCUGGUCUCGCAAUAUCGGAAUGCAAGAGAUGUACCCAGUAUCGUGUCACCGUCGUGGAAACUUCUGAAACAGUCUAGUUCUAGUGGAAGCGGCGAGCGUGGGUUUGUCGUCGACGACUCGGACGUCAGUGAUCGGGAGGCCCCCCUACGGCAAGAGCCUAGGCCUAUAAGAUAUCGCGGAGUGGGUAGAAGACCGAAGAGGAGUCAAAAACUCAAAGAUCUGAGCAAACUUGUCAUGCGUCUGGAAAUUGCUGAUUCAGAAGUCCUUUCGCGUGCGUUACCAAAGGCCAGAGCUAAAGUGACUCAACUGUCCCAGGAUGAAACGCAGACAUCACGGACGAUCAUGGAUAUCAUACAGCAUGAAGUUACCACUGGUGACACAGAAGAUGCCGCGCGCGCCCUAGAGCAAUUGACACAGUCGUUCCUGGACACCGGAGCUGCCAACGGAAGUGAUGAGUUCGAGGCAGCAGAACCUCGUCUGGUUCUAGAAAAUGUGCCGUCUCUGGGCCGUUCGACUGAUAGACUGUCCCAAGGCACGGGCUUAGGGGCCAUCUACGACGAGAUUGUCGCCACAUGGAUCACGCCGCUGGCAGCCGAUAUAUCAGCUAGGACUCGAGUUGCCAGGGACCAGCUGGCACGAAACAUGGCUGCUGAAUUAACACUUUCCUCUCUGGUUAUACGCCCAUCAAAACCGCCAAUUCUCAAAUCUGCUGAAAGCGAAGACCCGCCGCAGAGUUAUUCAUUCGAGCUCCCAGUGAGAGGUGUCCCGCCAACGAUAGAGCCAUUCAGUUCCCAGCUCUACUCUUCACAGCUACCGGACUCUGCUGCACUGCCGACUCCUUCUCCCACCACGACGCCAUCUGUGACGACCGCAUCUAGCCGUGCGACCAUUUUCGCCGCACCCGAAGUCGACCGCCUCAGACGAUAUGCCAACUUCACCAAGCCUGCACCAGCCGCGCUACCACGAGCGCUGAACAACGUCCUCGCGCACUGGGAAGUAGGAAGCGAUCUCUCCACCUACGAUUGGCUGUCCACAGCCCGCCAAAUCGCGAGACGAGACGAAGAAGCCGACGAAGAGCUUUCCGAACGAGACCGACUGCGGAUGCAGAAGCGUGCGCAACGGCACCUCCGGCGCCAGCGUCGAGAAGCCGAGGCCAGUCAAGCUUUGCGGCUCGCGAGCAGUCGGAUCCCCGAAGUCUUAAGCGCAAGUCAACCACCUGUGGUGAGAACCGCGGAGAGUCAGCGACCUGCAGCUGUGGCAGCCCCUCCCAGCAGUCAAAGCAUAGCGUCCGCAUUCCCAGCGAGUCAGCCCGUAUCGGGACGCUUCGCUGUACGGCAACCUGUCAAGAAGAAGCGGAAACAGGGCUUCUGAUCUCUGACUUGGUUUGAUGCCGAGCAGAGUCGGGUCGGUGGAGCACAAUUCAUCACUGAGAUUGAGGAGGAUAGAUGAAUAGCAGAGAAAAGAUCUAAGAUUUCGAUUUUCAAUAGACAGCGCUACCAACGAAUUCCUCAAAUAGCGCACACUUUCGACACUUGCUGUAGGGUAUAAUCAACUC